ACAGCAUUAAUACUACAAAGAUAGACAUGACGUAGCCACCUACGUCCCACACGAGCUUCGGACUGCAGAGCACUUAAAUGGAGUUUAACUACCGCUGAAGCCUGCAAAUUAAUUGCCAUGUCUGUACUACGCGAUGCGAACAUCACAUUGAAGAAAGGUUAACCGUAUUUUCAUUCAUUUUACUUAACACGAUUUUCUCAGAUAAAGAUGUUUCGGAGUAUCUCGAAGGUACUUUAGACGAGUACAUUAGUACUCGCCUACAAGGACCGUAACUUUUCUUUGACAAAUUGAAACUGAAAACAAUUUCAGGUAGGCUCCCAAUUUCGUCUGAAGUAACAUCGAGAUCGGUUAAGAAUUACGUUUCAAAGGAUUAAGUUGGAAGCGUCGGCAAGAAGAACCCAGUCUCCGAACUCUUAAUGUUAUAUUACAUAUUCUGAGUACGUCCUUAGAGGACCUAUUCUAAAUUUAAACCAGAGCUUCUAUAGAAUAUGUCUGUAGAGCUACACGCGCCGCAUUAUCCACGUAUAGGCAACUGUCGUACGUCCCACCGGUAGGCAAAUGCCACCCUCGGCGACUAUUAUGUCUGUUCCAUAUUCCUGAAUAAAAAUCAAUACAACCUUUUUGAUAACAGGCUAGACGAGCUUUCGAAAAUGUUAUGAAAUAAUCGCUCGUCAAUUGUCAUCAGUUUGCGGAGAAUAAAAACAGUGUCGUAGUUUUGCAAGAUGAAUAAUCUGUGGGCGCGAUCGAUACCAGAAUGCCGCGGGUUGAGGGUAGCUAGGAGGAGACCGGCUGGUUGGGGUUGGGAGCGCAGGGGGUGCUGUUUCAUUGAGAACGUGUGGGCGGCGCGCGUGGGCGACCUGCUUAUAAAGCUGGCCGGCCCUCCCCUCCUACUUGUAGUCGUGUCUCGAUCGUGCCUAGAGUAACAUCGAACUGUGAAUCAUGUGCAACAUUCGUCUUUCGAGCCUAAGGCUGUUAUCAGUCUUGCUUGGCUACUUGGUAGCUCAAGCAAAGGCUUACCCGAUGCAGGGAUGGCCUAUGUACCCACAAACAUCUCGGGAGUACCCAGAUGAAGAAUAUUAUUAUGCGCCUAAAGUACAAUAUUUUUAUGAUGCCCCGGCGAUCACCGUGCCUGAAAUGCACGCUCAAGUUCCGUACCCGUAUUUCUAUGAUCCCUAUGGCCACUUCGUUGCCAACGAAGCUCCUAAGAGGCAGGAAGAGAGGCUGGCGGCUCUCCCUAUCGGACAAGAGACCUGGUUCGAGAGCGACACCACGCCCCGCUGGCAAUCCAACGACGUCGAUGACGUCAGUGCAGCAUUCCUCGACAAUUUAAUCCUUACGCAAAUGGCUCAAGACGCACAGAGGCGGCGCGAGAAUGCCCGCGCAGCCUUCCCGCCUGUUGAUUACGAGGAGCGCGACGCCGAGGACGAGGACGUUCGCGAACUGAAGGCCUUAGCCGGGAAGCCUCUAUACCACGUGCCUAAGACCGUGCCCAGGAUCGAGGACGACGACUAUGCUUCAGAUGAUGGCUUUAUCAACUGGAACGGAAAUAAAAGGAGCGGAAUAGAAUUAACGACCGCAGCCCCAGAAACAACCACUGAAAUAAAAGAAGGUGACAAGGAAGUCGUGAUGCCCCGACCUGCACAAAACCCUCUUAAUCGCGGACAUCAGAAGAGCCAAAUUAAAAGGAACAAUGCUUUCUAUGAUACCAUUGUACAAUACUUCGCAAACAAGUCGGCAAAGUCCAACUUACAAGACCCCGCAAAAGGACGGAGAAUUGAAAAACGUUUCGUCGCUGAUGACUCCGAUCUCGUCGUGGAACUCCGAGGCCUCAAACACCGCAUCGCAACCUAAACAGAUACAUCUGAUUAUCGCCAACAAAUAUGAGACUGAGUAAUAAGUAGACUAAAUAGUAACGCAGCGGCGACGGUAUGAAAAGGUCGCGUUAAGGGGCAAACAAAACAACAAAAAAAAUAUAUUCCAUUUGUCACGCGUAUGAUGUAUCCAUUUCAUAAAUUUCGUCGUCCACUUCGAAUAAUAAGUAAUUUUGUGUCAAUGAUUAUAAUACAAAAAAAAAGUUUAGAAGAUCCUUUUCUAUCUCUAUUGAUCUCUAAGAAUACUUUCGGUACAGAACUAGUCGUAGAUAUGUUAAGCGUGUUGCGGAGUACGGGUGUAAAUGAUGGUACAAAAUGUGACUAUAAUCCAUGUAACAAAUGAGUCGAUGACUGAAUAAUGCAUGAUAAUAUAUGUAAUAGUAUAAAGGUUGCUCCUUCAUUUGGCAGCUAUGUCGCACAAUGAGUGCAAUUUGUAAAUACGUGUAGGUACUGAUUGUCUAAGACUUAUAAUUAUUUAGAUAGAAGUCAAUACAUCAAAAAUCUUAAACAUAAGAAAGAAGAAACUGUUUUCGUUUUGUGUGAAUCACUGCAGGAGAAUCUCAUUGCUUCUUCUACCGAAUAUUAAAAUCAUCACGCCGACAGAGUUCGCAACAAUUUUUCUUCGCUAUAAGUAUCUAUUAAUUGUAUAUUAAUUUAGAUUAAGCAUUAUAAAUUGUUUGUAUGUAGUAUUUUAUAAACUGUAUUAAAUUCCCAUGCGUUAUCGGCCUAUCAGGUAAACAUUGUAUUUUCUCUCGGGUGCUAACUCAAUAUUUUAAGUUAAACUUGUUACGGUCUACGCAGACAAUACCAUAAACAAACUUUUUGCAUAGCAAAGUACAUAUAGUAUAUCUAUUUAUCUGUAAGGGUUAAGAUUCUCUCAAAACAUAGAGGAUUGCGUGAUAUUUUAAGCUUUACUGCUUCUUAACUAAAGUUUUAAAAUGCUGAUCUAUGAGAUCUUUGAAGGAACGAAAACAAUUGCUUUCAUUUGUUGACCCUUUUCUAUUUGCUCUUGUUAUUGUAAAUUAUGCUUUUAAACAAACAAUUUUGUACCCACUUUUUCUAACAUCCAACCUUGUCAUCAAAUCACCAUUUAAGAUUUAAUAAGUAAAGUAUCCUUCGAAACUACAUAUCUGUUUAAAGUAAAUUCAAAAUAAUUUCUUACGUUAAAACUACACGAUCCUUUAAAUUAGUGAUAAUUAUGUAAACCUGUAAAGUAUUACUAGUCGAUGUUUAACAUUAAAAGUAAUAUAACGUUGUAAAUUACACUCAGUUAGGGUUCACGAUACAAGUAUUCUGUUCAAUUUCCGCCGUAGUUUUACAUAUUGCAAUGUUUUACAAUAGUUCAAGCCUUACAAUUUGUACAUACCUGUCACUAGAGAAAAUUAAUUUCAUACAUGUAUUUAAUAACUUGUCCAAACAGGUGUUUAGAUACCGUUUUGCAAAGUGUUGCUCAGAAUAUUAUCUGUAGAUACCUAUAUGGCUAUCUGUGUAUUUGUAUUUUAUAUAGGCAUUACCGAAUUUUAAUAGAUAUAGGUAUUUUUUUAAUUAUUGCCUACUUGUAACUGAAAAUGUACCUAUGGAUACAAAUCCGAACCUUAGCGAGCUAUGAAAAUUGUAUCAAUAUAAACAAGAAAAAAAAUUAAAUCAUUACGUAAAAUGUACGAGCA